GGCGCCGUGGUCCCUGGUGGUGACCGAGUUGCUGUAGGAAAUCGAUCCGUCACGUGGUCUCCGCGGGUCGCUUCUGCACAGGUUCUUGAGUUAUCAGUGAAGUGCAUCCCAAUCUUGCAGUCUCUUGGUUGCAGAGCAUCUAAUUGGUUUUCAAGAUGGCUGCAGCCCCUCAGGCACCAAAGAGGGGAUCUAUUCGGAAGACUAGACCUCUGGUUGUAAAGACAUCACUGAACAACCCUUAUGUUAUUUCCUGGAGCACCUUGGAGAGAGAAGACAUACACUUUAUAUUACAGACACUUGAAGACAAGUUUAAAUCGAUUGGACUUCAGAAAAUUGAAGAUAAGAAGAAAAGGAAAAAAGCAGCUCUUAUAAAAAAGCAAAGAUGCGGGCAAGAGGUUGAGAUCAGUGCGGAUCCAAAAGAGCCUGAUGGGGAUGUGGUGUCAGGGUGGACACCUGUGCAUGUCAGAAAACAGCUGGUCAUUGGUGUUAAUGAAGUCACCAGAGCUCUGGAGAGGAAUGAACUGCUCCUGGUUCUAGUGUGUCAGUCAGUCAAGCCUGCUAUCAUCACCUCACACUUGAUUCAGCUGAGCUUAAGCAGAUCUGUUCCUGCCUGUCAGGUACCUCAGCUCAGCGAGAGAAUUGCUCCCGUUAUUGGCUUAAAAUGUGUGCUAGCUUUGGGCUUCAGAAAGAACACCAUGGACUUUGCUGAUGAAGUAGGAGCCAUCAUUCCCAAGGUGCCUAGCUUAAAUGUGCCAUGGCUUCCAGAUAGAACCCAGGAUCCCAUAGACAGUUUAGAGACUGAACCUUUGGAAAGCCAGGACAAAGAGAUUUUGGACACUUCAUUUGAUGAUCUUACAAAACUCAGUAAGAGGAAGCUUGCUGAAGGUGGACAAGCAGCAAUACUACAACCCCUUAAAAUAAAGAAACUCAUUCCCAACCCUAGUAAAAUAAGAAAACCACCCAAAAGUAAAAAAUGCAUUUCAAAGUAGUUUUGUAUGACUUGUCACUUCAUGUAAGGCUAUGGUCUAAAUAAGCACCGAAACAAAUAAAAUCAAGUGUGUUUACAUGUA